AUGAAACCGCUGCCGCUUAUCCGGGAAACUCUCGACCGCCUCUCCAAAGCCAAAUGGUACACCAAACUGGACCUUCGCCAAGGGUAUAACCAAAUCCAAAUGGCCGAGAGUGAAGAAUGGAAAACAGCCUUCCGUACGCGUUAUGAGCAUUUUGAAUAUAUGGUGAUGCCCUCCGACCUUACCAAUACACCGGCCACCUUCCAACACUUCAUUAAUGAUUGCGUCCGUGACUACCUUGAUAUGUUCUGUACAGCCUACCUUGACGAUAUUCUUAUCUAUAGUGACACGUUCGAGGAAUAUCAACUACAUGUCAAAAAGGUCCUGGAAGCCCUACAAAGGAAUGGAGUACUGCUGAAACCAGAGAAAUUGGAGACAGUAAAGAAUUGGACGGUCCCCAAAACAGUUAAGGAUGUGCAAGCGUUUCUAGGUUUCGCUAACUUUUACCGUCGAUUCAUACGCGGAUUCUCGGAACUGGCUUCUCCCCUUACCAGACUGACACGUCAGGACAUAUCAUUUGAAUGGACACCCGAAGCUCAAACUGCCUUCAACGCCCUGAAAGAAGCCUUCACCACGGCUCCCAUUCUUACUCACUUUGACCCGGAGAAAGAAAUUACUGUGGAAACCGACGCAUCUGACUAUGUCUCUACCAGUCACUCCCAAGCCGAAUGCAACUACGAAAUUUACGACAAGGAAUUACUGGUGAUUAUUCGAUCUUUUGAGGAAUGGCGACCGGAGCUUGAAGAGGCUGUACACCCAAUCACCGUCAUAUCCGAUCAUAAGAAUCUCGAAUACUUUAUGAGUACUAAACAACUCAACCGGAGACAAGCAUGGUGGGCGGAAUAUCUGUCACGGUUUAAUUUUGUCAUUAAGUACCGACUAGGGAAACAAGGAGGGAAACCGGACACGUUGACAAGAAGAUCAGGAGAUCUCCCUGGAGAGUGGGAUGAAAGACAAUUACAUCACGGUCAAGUUGUAUUGAAGAAAGAGAAUCUUGACGCAAAGCUAAGUUUGUUGGCGGGUUCUUUCUCAAAUGAGCCCGCUGAAAAGAACGCCUCACUGCAUGGACUAUUCGAUGAAGGAUAUAGCGCUGACCCGUUUCCACAAAAGAUACUGGAUAUGCGGAACAAAGGCAGCAUAUAUGUCCCUGAUUACGACCCUCUUAAGCUCCGAAUCCUCCAACUUUACCAUGACGCUGCCUCCGCUGGACACCCGGGACGCGAAAAAACAUUCGAACUCGAUUAUAUUGCCUACUACGUUCGGAACUGCCACACCUGUCAACGAAGCAAGCCCAAUAACCAUGGAAAACUCGGCGUACUUCGACCUUUCCCGAUUCCCGAACAACCAUGGCAGGAGGUAUCAAUGGACUUCGUUACUGGCCUACCGGAGAGUGAAGGGUACGAUACAAUUAUGGUAGUUGUUGACCGGUUAACAAAAAUGCGACAUCUCCUGCCCUGUAACACAACUGUCAACUCCGAAGACGUCGCCCAACUAUACCUGCGAAACAUAUGGAAGCUCCACGAGCUACCCACUCACGUCACCUCCGACCACGGUACGCAAUUUACAGCCAAGUUUUGGAAGGCUCUUUGUAAACACCUCGACAUCGAAGCAAGAAUGUCCAUCGCCUUCCAACCGGAGAUCGAUGGCCAAACUGAAAGGCUAAAUCCCGUAAUGGAGCAAUAUCUACGUGGGUAUAUCUCUUAUCAACAGGACGAUUGGGUAAAAUGGCUCCCUAUGGCAGAAUUCUCUACCAACAAUCAGGUCUCCGCAUCCACCAAAGCAACACCAUUCUUCGCUAACUAUGGUUUCCACCCCCGGUUCACAAUAACGAUUAAAUCGCUUGAUAGGACCCCACCAAGUCUUAAUGCUAAAGACUUCACCUCGAAGAUGAAAGAACUCCACGAACACCUACGUUCCAAUAUCUGCACGGCGCAAGACCAGCAAGAGCAGGCCGUCAAUACCAAACAAAUGCCGGCUCCGCGGUACGAUAUCGGCGAUACGAUGUUUGUUUCAGCAAAAAACAUCCGAACCACCCGUAACUCCCGGAAGUUGGACUGGAAGAAACUGGGACCAAGUAUGAAGAUGCACCCCAUCUUCCAUGUAUCAUUAUUAGACCCCGCUGCAAAUGAUCCUGUCCCGGGGCAAAUUCAACCACCACCCCCGCCUAUCAUCGUUGAGCAGGAAGAGGAGUAUGCAGUCGAGGAAAUCUUGGACUCGCUGGAAACAAGAAAUAACGGCCUGCAAUAUUUUGUUAAAUGA